GAAACGCUUUGUUCAAGCUCACAUGUGAGCCUUGAAUGGCAAAGGCCAAGCAGCUUGUGGGUUCUUUUCUUUCUGAAGGAACUUAGCCCUUCAUCUCACGCUCACCCUGCUUGGUAAAGGCCAUUGUGCCCUUUACCGUACAAUGGCUGUGCUCGGUCUCUCCGAGACGUUAUAUUCAGGAACUCUGAGCCACAUCGUGAAAAAGGAAUGGUACGCUGACUGAAUGAGAGGCUUGGUUUCAUUAUUUCUGGUCUGGUUUGAGCCUAACUGUCAUGUCAUUUUAGGGAUUAAAAUAUUUGUUGGCAAGAGUUUAUGGUAAGACAUGUUUUCCUCAUAAACAAAGAUCAGGAGUAAGCCUAGGAUCAUAAGGUCUUAGUAGGCUUUCUUAAGGCGGUUUCACACUAGCGGCAGGCCUGUGUGAAAGGCGACAGGAUGAUGUAGAUGCUGUCAAGAAGUGAAAGUGGGUGGACGCCAGUAACCAUAUUUAGUCCUAACCACCAAUGCAUUUAUUCUUUAUUGUUGCACAAGAAAACAGCGACUUUUUCUAUUUCAAGGAGUAAGGGGCAUUAUGACAGCUGUGGAAAGAGUUUUACUAAUUUCAGUAAAAUGGUGAAAGUUUUUUUUUUUUGUUAUUCGUGAACUACUGUACAUUCCCACACAAACGCACAUCGAGGUAACAUUUAGCAUAGGAAGCAGAGGCGUGAGAAUCCCAUAGCUCGCAAAACUUUUUAAAGAAGGGUUAGGGUUAGAAAACAUUUGAAACAUUUGACAGUACUGCACGCUGUAAGUGAAAAGUUAAUUAGAAAAUAAGGGGCAGUUUACAUGGCGACUCUGCGACACAAAGACGCAAUGACUGAGUAGCGGAAUGGCCUCGCGUGCAUAUGGUCUCGGCGAAGACGGAAGGCGAAGACAAAAAAUUCUGAAUCCUGCCUCCAAAGUGGAAUCGAUUGCAGGGGAUUGAGGGGUGUUUGCUCGGCAUGCAUAUCAAAGGCUCCCGUGGUGCGAGACCGCACUGAUAAUGUCAGCACUUGUACACGUCACAAUGGGCGUGCGCAGCGGUGCUACUAAAAAUUUAAAACAGCAAAUAUGGCGGAAUGUCGGCUUUAAUUUACUGUUUUAAUAAUAUUUUUAAAUUAAAUAUGUUGAAUGUUUCCAUUUUCAUGCCUUUUUGGACAAAACAAAAAUGCCAUUGCUUCGAGUGGAUGGGCAUUUUUUUCCGGCUUGAGAAGCUUGGUGGGGUCAAAGUGCAUCAUUCGCUGUCACCUUGUAAAUCUGCACUGUCCCCAACAGGGCUUGGCAUGAAUAAUACAUCGUUUUCAUGCGGAAUUGUGACAUUGUUCAAAUGGAGACGGGCCCAUAUAAAUGCAAAUUUGACAUUUUUCGUAUUCUCGAGAGUCACCAUGCAAAAACCCCCUAAAGUUAAUGGUUCAAAUUAAGCCACAUUAUUACCAGCAACUCAUGUUGCUAUGCUCUGAAGAACAUUUUUGGCUAGCUAUCAGGAAUGGCUGUCGAAAGCCACGAAUAAAACAUAAAAAUACAGUAUUUUUACUACAAGGGGUUCUUAAUUUAACACGCAGCAUACCAGGCUUUUUACUAUUUCUUUUAAAUUGACAAUGCGAAAACCUUGAGUUCAAACUUACCUGGAACUGUACGAUGGCAUCCAAGUUGGAGUGUCCCGCCAAAUGAAAUGGUCUUCCUUAAAGUUUCAAAGAAGACGCGUUGGCGCAUGCGCAGCAUUGAGCACACACCUAAUAUUUUUGCUGCUAAGUUUUUACUGAAAAUUAGGUAAAGAAAGUUAAAUUUAACCAGUUUAAUACAAUUCACUUGCUUACCUAAAUACUUUUAGUAUCAUUUAUUCAAUUUAUAUGGAUUAUAAUUACUAUCCACAAAAAUAUUUUUUUAUUGUGCAGGUUAUACAGUGACAUUGACAAUCAUAUACCGAACAAUUUUGAGUCGUCAAUUAACCCACUAAGCAAGCUUUUGGAAUGUGGAAGGAAACCAAAGUAACUUAGAAACCUUGCACAGGCAGGCGCAAACCUAUAUUUGAACCCACAACUUCUGAACUGCCAGGUGGAUAAUUGGAUUUUCAAUUGAAAAUGGUUUUAGUAACAAAAAAAGGCAUGUUGUGCCUGUAGAUCUCUAAAGUGUCACUAAACAAUUAUUUUUUUCAACUAAGGGUGUAUAUAUUAGCGAUGUGCCAAUAAAUCAAUUAUUAGAUUAAUCGAGAUUCGACACGCAACAAUUCGAUUACGAUUAAAAAAUGUUUAAAAAAUUUUUUAAAAAUGAUGAUUUUACUUAUACUUUACUUGUACUUUACUUAUACACGUAUAUACUAUAUUACUGAAUAACUUAAUGACAGUCACUUCUAGUGGAACGAAAUUCAAGACGCGUCUGUUGCCCGGACACUUUAAGAGAUACACAAGGUGAGGAUGGCGGCAGCGGAAGUUACUGAGUGAGAGAUUUACUCCUGUACAAACGACUUGAAAAAAAAUUUAUUAAUGAGACAUGCAAACACCGAGAGAUAGUUCAUUGCUCUUUGCCUUUCAGUUGUCCAGUAAUAGAUUCAAGUCAUGUUAAUUGAAAAAUGUCCUGAGUGUGUUGAUAAGUCCCGUGUGCAUCUCUAAGAGCUGAGUACACGAACCAUCUUGUACUGUUUAGCCUUGAUUAUUGUUGUUUUUGAGAUGUUAACAGUUAGCACCGAGCGCUAAGCUCAUUAGCGAAUUCUCUACGUCUAUUUCUAUUUGUUUGUUGAUAUACAAAGCUUACUCCAUAUGCAGAAUGUGCUAAACUAGGAUUAAGUACAGCGGUAACACUAAAAACAUGCGACAUAGUACAGAAAUCUGUGAAAACAAAGUAUAUUGGUUAAAAGAAGUCAUUUUUCUAAAGGAACUUUGUUUUUUUUUGUUCAAGAAAAUGUGGAAUUCAUUCCACCAGUGUACAUUUUAUUGUAUUUUUGAGAGAAAUAAGUACUGCCUUUGAAACAGCUAAUGUUUUUGCACUUUUUUGUGAUAAAGAGCAGCUUAAGGUCAGCUUUGUGUUGUAUAGGUAUGUUUCCAUUGUUCCUGCUGGAUCAUUAGGUGAUUGGAAAUAAAAUGUAACAGACAUAAAUUUAUUUGGCUACUCUAAAUAAUGAAUACUGGCAAAUAUGCCUUGCUUAAAAGUAUGAAGUACCCACAAAGUAAGAAAAAAAAAUCCGAAAUGUAGGUGGGAAAGAUGCAUCGAAAAUCGAGAUCACCGUUAAUACCCUGUAGAUAAUAGUUAAAUAAUCGAAUUGUAGCACCCUGAAUCGUAAUCGAAUCGAAUCGUGGAGUGCCUAAGAUGGCACACUCCUAGCAUAUACAGUAUAUAUAUAUAUAUUUUAUUAUAUAUUUUCAUGAACACUGGUUUGAUCCUGGAAGCUUAGGAUCUUUAUCAGAAUACUUGGCAAAAAAACAGCAUAUUGAACAAAAUGUCCCUCUACAUUGUUUACCUUUCAUCGCAAAACUGUCUACAAGAAGUCCCCCUUCAUUAAGAUGCAAAGAAGAGGAAACAUUGAUUCUUCUCAGAAACCUGAUAAGACAACCCACUUGAGCACUUUGCUAUUUUGACACAAGGACCUGUUUUGCAGUGUGAGGCCUUACAUUUGCCAAUGUUUUACUGCAGGUCCCCAUAGAUUGUCGGGAUGAGUAUUUGUGGUUCAAACAAUUGCCUUCACCUCAGCUAUCACCUCACAUUCCCUUGGGGUCAAGGACAGGUUGUGGUUAGAAGUUUUCAAUUGCAUGCUUGCCUAGUUACAGUAAAAAAAAAUGUAGUGUGUCUUUGGCUCUCAAUCUAAAAAGUUCACCCAGCGAAGGUUCAUGAAUAGUCAACAAGCAGUCAGUCACUCACUGAAUAUUUUAGUGGACUGGGCUUGUGAAGUGAAAACUUCAUUGGGUACUUCUAGGUCACUGGUAGGAUCUAAUCAGAUUUUUCUAUAUGACCUAAGAAACACUAAGGUUUGCAAACUAGUUAUAAACAUCGCACAAAAUUGAGAGGGGAUAAAAGGGCAUUUAAAAACAAUGUUGCUUUGUGUCUUGUUCUGGUCAAAUGUUCCCUUUGCAUUAACAAACUACACAAGUUUUGUGACACUAUGACUGAGUGGUCUGUACAAACAAAAGGCUAUGUGUCACUGUCAAAGCCAUUGUGGGAAAAGACAGGCUAUGUUGUAAAAAGCGAGACAAUUCAGAGCACGUGUGUGCGCUCAAAGACGACCCGAUUGGUCUGUCAAUCACUCACGUCUUGCCAGUGACACGGCAACAGGCAGCGCUGACCUUCAGCGGUGACACUAAAGACUCUCGACCUGAGGGCCACUGGAUUAAGACUGGAGGUCCAUAAUAGAUUUGCAUUGUUGCCUUGACGUAAAUCUGUUCCAAGACUAUCUCAUUUUUCACUUUUUUUUUUUUAAAAUCAACACUGUGCCUUAGCCUUUUAUUUUUUUAAAGCUCUAAACCAAUCAAUGUUGUUUUUUUGUUCGUCAUCGAUGACUAUAAAAAAAAUAUUUCGUCAAUGAACAUUUUUUUUUCAUGAUGAUGACGUGAUGAUGAUGAGCUAAAAGCAUGGCUUUGGAGACGGAAACAUAAUGAGACGGAUGCCAGUUUUCGCCUGACGAGACAAGAACAAGAUGAAAAUUCGACAAAGAAUCCGCCAUAAGUUCACAAUGUGUGACGUUUUCUUAGUUAGCACAUAUCGUAGCAGUGUUUGGUGGUGUCGCUCAUGUCACGUGCUGCGUUGCCCCCGUCCCACUCACUGGCCACUGUGUCCUCUCCAGGCUCCAGCUUGCCUUUUGCAAAACUCAUGUCAGGUGCUGCUUGAUGAUGUGCCUCCGUACUUUAAGACGGAGCCAGUGCGCAGUCAACUGCACUUGGAGCGCAACCGGCUCGUGCUGACCUGCAUGGCUGAGGGCAGCUGGCCUCUGGAGUUCAAGUGGAUCCACAACAGCACUGAGCUGACACGCUUCUCUCUGGAGUACAGGUACCUGAUCCCAUCUCUGGACCGCUCCCAUGCGGGCUUCUAUCGCUGUAUUGUCCGGAAUCGCGUGGGAGCACUGCUGCAGCGCCGCACUGAAGUGCAGGUGGCUUUCAUGGGCAGUUUUGAGGAGGGUGAGCGCGACCAGGCCAUCUCGCAGGGAGAAGGCGCAGUCAUCCCGGCGCCUCGCAUCCGCAGCUUCCCGCAACCGCAAGUCACGUGGUACCGGGACGGUCGCAAAAUCCCGCCCAGCAGUCGCAUCGCAAUCACACUGGACAACACGUUGGUCAUCCUUUCAACAGUGGCACCAGACGCCGGCCGCUACUACGUUCAGGCAGUCAAUGAUAAAAAUGGCGAGAACAAGACCAGCCAGCCCAUCACCCUUUCAGUUGAGAAUGUCGGAGGCCCGGCAGACCCUAUCGCACCCACCAUCAUCAUCCCGCCUCGGAACACCAGUGUUGUCUCGGGAACGUCUGAGGUCACCAUGGAAUGUGUAGCCAAUGCCAGGCCUCUCAUCAAGCUAAGCAUCACCUGGCGGAAGAAUGGCGUGGCAGUGAGCAGCGGCCUGAGCGAUUUCAACCGCCGGCUCACCAUUCUUAGCCCCCUGGUGGCCGAUGCCGGAUUUUACGAGUGUGAAGCCGUGCUUCGUAGCAGCAGUGUGCCAUCCGUCAGUGCUGGCGCAUACCUGCAUGUGCUCGAGCCGCCGCAGUUCAUCAAAGAGCCAGAGAAGCACAUAACCGCAGAAAUGGAGAAGGUGGUGGACAUUCCCUGUCAAGCACGAGGUGUACCUCAGCCGGACAUCGUGUGGUACAAGGACGCCACACCCAUCGACCCCGUUAAAACGCCACGAUACCGUGUGCUGAUGGGCGGCAGUCUCCAGGUCAACGGCCUCCUACCUGACGACACCGGCAUGUUCCAGUGCUUCGCUCGUAACGCGGCUGGCGAAGUCCAGACCAACACAUACCUAGCCGUCACCAGUAUCGCUCCUAAUAUCACCGCCGGACCAUCGGACAGCACCGUGAUCGACGGGAUGUCCAUCAUCCUUCACUGUGAGACUUCUGGCGCUCCGAGACCAGCUAUCACCUGGCAGAAAGGCGAGCGUGUCCUGGCAAGCGGUUCAGUGCAGCUGCCCCGCUUCACCCUACUGGAGUCCGGCAGCCUGCUCAUUUCGCCCUCGCACAUUUCCGAUGCUGGCACUUACACCUGCAUGGCCAGCAACUCCCGUGGCAUCGACGAGGCGUCCGCCGACCUCGUGGUCUGGGCUCGAACCCGGAUCACGACGCCCCCGCAGGACCAGAGCAUCAUCAAAGGCACCAAGGCCGCGCUGACCUGCGGUGUCACGCACGAUCCCAGCGUGAAUGUCAGACACGUAUGGGAAAAAGAGGGAGUGGCCAUCAACGUGCAAUCUAUUCCACGUAUGCAGCAAGACGCCGACGGCACCCUGCACAUCUCGCAGACGUGGUCGGGCGACAUCGGCACGUACACAUGCCGCGUCACCUCGGUGGGCGGCAACGAUUCCCGCAGCGCUCACCUCCGGGUCAGGCAGCUGCCUCACGCGCCUGAGAACCCCGUGGCUGUGCUGAGCUCCUCCGAGAGGCGAGCCAUCGACCUGACCUGGGCAAAAGCCUUCGACGGCAACAGCCCACUUAUGCGCUACAUCCUGGAGGUGUCUGAGAACAAUGCUCCCUGGGCCACCCUGCUGGCCAGCAUCGACCCCGAGUCGUCGGCGGUGACGGUCAGCGGCCUGAUCCCGGCGCGCUCCUACCAGUUCCGCUUGUGCGCCGUCAAUGACGUGGGCAAAGGCCAGUUCAGCAAGGAGACGGAGCGUGUGUCGCUGCCAGAGGAGCCUCCAAGUGCCCCUCCACAGAACGUCAUCGCUAGCGGCCGCACCAACCAGUCCAUCAUGAUCCAGUGGCAGCCGCCACCCGAGAGCCACCAGAACGGCAUCCUGCGAGGCUACACUGUCCGGUACCGUCUGACGGGCCUUCCGGUGGAUUAUCAAAUCAAGAACAUCUCUAGCCCAGACGUAACCACACUUCUCCUUGAGGAGCUCAUCAUUUGGACCAACUACGAGAUCGAGGUGGCCGCCUACAAUGGGGCGGGCCUGGGAGCUUUCAGCCAUAAGGUUACCGAGUGGACCCUACAGGGAGUGCCGACCAUCGCCCCGGGCAACGUGCAAGCCGAGGCCGUCAACUCCACGGCCAUCCGCUUUACAUGGACGGCACCCAACCCGCAGUUCAUCAACGGCAUCAACCAAGGCUACAAGUUACUCGCGUGGGAGCCAGGCAAAGAGCGCGAAGCGAUGACCGUGUUGGCGCGUCCCAACUUCCAGGACGGCGUUCACGUCGGCUUUGUGACGGGACUAAAGAAGUUCAGUGACUACUUCACCUCGGCGCUGUGCUUCACCACACCAGGCGAUGGACCUCGUAGCCCCCCGAAGCUCCUGAGGACGCACGAAAGCACACCGGGCGCCGUUGGCCACCUGAGCUUCACAGAGAUUCUUGACACAUCACUCAAAGUCAGUUGGAGUGAACCUAGUGAGAAGAACGGUAUUCUCACAGGCUACCGCAUCUCAUGGGAGGAGUUCAACCGCACCAACACACGAGUCACUCACUACCUGCCUAGUGUCACACUUGAGUACCGUGUCACCGGACUCACUGCGCUCACUACCUAUACCAUCGAGGUGGCCGCCAUGACAUCCAAGGGACAAGGCCUGCUGUCGUCCUCCACUAUUUCGUCAGGCGUUCCGCCAGAGCUCCCUGGCCCUCCGACUAACAUCGCCAUCUCCAACAUCGGUCCACGCUCCGUCACCCUUCUUUUCAAGCCAGGGUAUGAUGGCAAAACCUCCAUCUCCCGCUGGCAGGUGGAGGCCCAGGUGGGUGCUGUGGGAGACAAUGAGGAUUGGUUGAUGGUCCACCAGGUGUCCAAUUUACCCGAUGCUCGCUCCUUGGAAGUUCCGGGACUCAAUCCGUACACCUACUACAGGUUUCGUAUGCGUCAGGUGAACAUCGUGGGCAGCAGCCCACCUAGUCAACCCUCCAGGAAAAUCCAAACACUUCCUGCCCCUCCGGACAUCGCCCCUGUCAAUGUCACAUUGCGCACCGCCAGCGAGACGAGCCUCUGGUUGAGAUGGAUGCCUCUGCCUGAGUGGGAGUAUAACGGUAAUGCGGAACAGGUGGGCUACAGAGUGCAGUACUCGAAAGCAGGCUCUUCAGGUCGCCCGCUCAUCCAAGCCAUAUCCGACCGCCUUGAGCGAGAGUUCACGAUUGAGGACCUGGAGGAGUGGACCGAGUACGAGGUGAGGGUGCAGGCCCUCAAUGGCAUCGGGCUUGGACCUUGGAGCCAGCCAAUCAGAGGCCGAACCAGAGAAUCAGUGCCGUCCUGCGGGCCCACCAAUGUUUCCGCCUUCGCCACUACCUCCAGCAGUGUCCUGGUGCGCUGGUCCGAAGUACCCGAGCCGGACCGUAAUGGACUCAUUUUGGGUUACAAGGUGGUGUACAAAGAGAAAGACUCAGACAGCGGCACCCGUUUCUGGAUGGUGGAGGGCAACGCUACCCACAGUGUCCAGUUGACUGGUCUGGGAAAAUACGUCCUGUAUGAGAUCAAAGUGCUGGCAUUCACCCGCGUUGGAGAUGGGCGUCCCAGCUCGCCAGCUAUCUUUGAGAGGACCCUGGAUGACGUGCCAGGACCACCGAUGGGCAUCCUAUUCCCGGAGGUGCGCACUACUUCAGUACGACUCAUUUGGCAGUCCCCCUCGCAGCCCAACGGAAUCAUACUGGCUUACCAGAUCACAUACCAUCUCAACUCCUCCAAUGGCAACAGCGCCACAGUUGACGUGCUCAACCCCAGCGCCCGACAGUACACCGUCACUGGCCUUAAACCCGAGUGUGUCUACGUAUUCCGCAUCACGGCGCAGACGCGCAAAGGCUGGGGCCGGGCUGCCGAGGCGUUAGUGGUCACCACCGAAAAGCGAGCUCGCCCGCAGCCCACCAGCCGGCCCGCCGUGCCCCAGAAAGAUGUGCGCGCCCGACGCGUUCUCUUGUCUUGGGAGCCCGGCAGCGAUGGUCUCUCACCUGUGCGCUACUACACGGUUCAGCUACGCCAGCUCCCUGACAACAACUGGACCGUGCACUCGGCGUCUGUCAACCACGACGCCACCUCUUACAUUGUGUCACGGUUGAAGCCAUUCACGUCCUAUCAGUUCAGAGUGAAAGCCACCAAUGAUAUCGGAGACAGCGAGUACAGCGAAGAGAGCGAUGCUAUCACUACUCUGCAGGAUGCGCCAGACGAAGCACCUGUUAUCUUCUCGGUCACACCCCACACGACCACAUCAGUGCUGAUUCGCUGGAAGCCUCCUGCCGAGGAGAGGAUCAAUGGCAUCCUGCUGGGCUUCCGCAUCCGCUACCGGGAGUUGCUGUAUGACCGACUCAGGGGUUACUCCCUCCACGCCAUCAACAGCAUGUCGGCAUGGGCCGAGCUCACCGCCCCAUACAGCAUCCGCAAUCUGAGUGACGCCACUCUUACGGAGUACGAGCUAGACAAGCUGAGCAAGCACAAGCGCUAUGAGAUUCGCAUGAGCGUGUACAAUGCCGUGGGCGAGGGGCCCACCAGCCCACCCCAGGAGGUGUUUGUUGGAGAAGCAGUUCCCACGGCGCCCCCUCAGAACGUGGUUGUUCAGUCUUCUACUGCCACCCAGCUGGACGUCACAUGGGACCCGCCGCCAAUCAGUGCGCAAAAUGGCGACAUCCAAGGCUACAAGGUCUACUUUUGGGAGUCCCAUCGCAAGAACGAAACGGAGCGUCUGAGGACUCUGUUCAUGCCCGAGGGAGGCGUAAAGCUGAAGAACCUUACCGGCUACACCAGCUACAUGAUCAGUGUGGCCCCAUUCAACGCCGCUGGUGAUGGACCGCGCAGCCCCGCCAUCAGGGGGCGCACUCAGCAAGCAGCCCCCAGUGCUCCUAGCUUCAUCCACUUCAGUGAGCUCACUACUUCCUCGGUCAACGUGUCGUGGGGAGAGCCUGCUCUACCCAACGGUAUCAUCGAGGGCUACCGUCUGGUCUACGAGCCCUGCACACCCGUAGAUGAGUCUUCUGUGGCCUGUGCCGACUGUCUCCACUCCCCCUCCACCUCCCCAGGGGUCAGUCGAACCGUAAUGGUGGACGUGAAGGGAGGCGGCCCCCUCUGGUUAAAACUCAAAGACCUGGCCGACGGCGUCACCUACAACUUCCGCAUCCGUGCCAGGACAUUCGUGUAUGGGCCUGAGGUGGAGGCUAACAUCACCACUGGCCCUGGGGAAGGAGCCCCUGGACCCCCAGGGGACCCUUUUAUCACUCGCUAUGGCUCAGCUCUGACCAUCCACUGGACCAGCGGUGACCCGGGACGUGCUCCCAUUACGCGCUAUGUCAUUGAAGCCAGACCUUCUGAUGAAGGCCUGUGGGACAUUCUCAUCAAGGACAUCCCCAAAGAAGUGACAUCACACACGUUUAACAUGGACAUGCUGAAGCAGGGUGUGAGCUACGACUUCAGGGUCAUUGGCGUCAAUGACUAUGGCUAUGGCUCGCCUAGCCUGCCCACUCCCUCCAUAUCUGCCCAAAAAGUUGCCCCAUUCUACGAGGAGUGGUGGUUCCUGGUGGUUGUGGCCCUCGUGGGACUCAUUUUCAUCCUUCUGCUCGUCUUCAUCCUCAUCAUCCGAGGACAAAGCAAGAAGUAUGCAAAGAAGUCCGAAUCAGGUAACAACGCCAACUGCAACGCGCUGACACACGGCGACAUGGUGAGCCUGGACGAGGGCCGCUUCCCAGCCUUGGAGCUCAACAACCGCCGGCUGUCCGUUAAAAACUCCUUCUGCCGGAAGAACGGCGUCUACACCAGGUCCCCGCCAAGGCCAAGUCCAGGUAGUCUCAACUACUCGGAUGAGGACGUGAGCACAAAGUACAAUGAUUUGAUCCCCGUGGAGAGCAGCAGUUUGACCGAGAAACCCUCCGAAAUCUCUGACUCGCAGGAGGCGCUGGUGUUUUCAUAUGGAACAGGUGGUCUACAUACACUCCCACUGCAUUUGGGAAGCGACAGCGAGUACGAGGUGGACGCCAACCGGCAGAAGACGCACUCUUUCGUCAAUCACUACAUCAGCGACCCCACCUACUACAACUCGUGGCGCCGCCAGCAGAAGGGCAUCUCUCGGGCGCAGGCUUACAGCUACGCCGAGUCUGAGCCCGGCGAACCGGAACACUGCGCCUCCCCACCCCAGUUGCCCCCUCUACCACCUUUGCCGCCACAGCUCAGCUCACCCAGCCCCCAGCAGCAGCAGCAGCCCCAACCCCAGCAGCAGCAGGCACAGGGACAACCGCCCGGCCAGGGCAGCUUGUUCAGGCCCAAAGGCAGCCGGACUCCCACCCCGUCCCAGCAAAGCGUCAACACCCCCGGCCAGCACGCUGCUAUCUACAGGCCUCCCAGCAGCCUGGCCCCAGGCUCACGGGCCCCCAUCGCAGGCUUCUCCUCCUUUGUGUGAGAGUAGCGGAAAAAGAACAGUGGAAAUUUCUGGAAGUUUCCGCCCCACAUCCUUUUUUGCCCCAUUUCCUGAUGGUAUUCCAACACUUUUAGCAACGCCUUCAACUUGAGACUUUCUGAGUGAAAGUAAAAUGUGAUAAAGAUUUUUGUUAGUGUUUUGUUUGCAUGACUUCUUAUCAUUUUGUUUAGUUUUCACAAAAUCAGACGGCUCAGGCUCCUAAAACUGUGGGGCUCCAUUACACCGUUGGUGUGAGAGUAACGGAAAAGGACAAUGGACAUUUCUGGAAGUAUCCACGUGUGAUUUGCCCUUUUUUAUUUUUACAUUUCUGACACUUUUAUGAACGCCUUCUUCAACUUAAGACUUUGUGGAACGAUUUUGGACACACGGCAAUGAUACAUUCACUCCACUUUUUGUUAACAUUUUAUUAUAGUUUCAUAAGACUUAUUUUUCCCUUUCCCACAUUUUUAGAAUUGCCUUCAUCUUGACAUCUUGAGAGUUUCUCUACUUCUUUACAUAUUAUUUUACAGCAUUGACUAAACCUUUUGUAAGCAUUUUGUUGACAUGAAUAAUCAUGAGAUUUUCUGCAACACUUUGGCUGCGUUCAGACUGCAGGCAUAUCUGAUUUCAAUCUGAUUCCUCCUCAAAUGUGAUUCUUAGGGCUGACUGUUCACACUAUUUUAAGCAAUUACCCAAAUCAGAUCUGGGCCUACUCAGACUGGGGCACAUUAUUGACACACCUGACUGGUCGUUAUGGCAACGAAGGCGUCAUCCAACAUGGAGUGAUGUCACGGACAGUCAAAACACAGCUGAGCUGUUCAGACUGAGAAUCAUCUUGUCCAUAUCCUGGGUAGUAACUUGUUACAUUAACUCAGUUUGAGUAACUUUUUUAAAAAAUGUACUUCUUAGAGUAGUUUUACCACCCAAUACUUUUUACUUGAAUAUAGAUUUGUGAAGAACAAACACUACCAGUACUCUUACUCCGCUACUUUGGGCUACACUAGAGUCGUUACAUUUUUCCUCUUUAUCCCACAAGUUGACUUUAUUUUUGCUAGAGAUACCGACAUGGUCUGUCUCAGUUUGACCAAUGAGACGACGAAACAAUAAACACACCUACUUCAGCGCUCUUUUCAACUAAUGCUUUUUUACUUGAACAGUGGUACCUCGACAUACGAUGGCUUCGAAAAACGAUCCUUUCGACAUCCGACGUAAAAUGUGACUCUCCAUAUGACGACAUGCUUGAAAUAUGACGAUUUAUGACAGUGUCGCAAUGUCAUUAUUUUCUUGUGAGAGAAAUCAACAUGGCCUCAAAAAGGUUAGUGCAGGUUGUAAAAAAAGGAAGAAGGUGACGCUUACCAUUGAAAUUAAAAGGGAUAUUAUGGAAAAAUAUGAGCGUGGUGUGUGCGUCAGUGAACUGGCUUGACAAUACAGCUGGAAAAUGUCGACUACGAUCUCGAGGACGACUGUCAUUAAUAUUAUUGGCAAGGAAGUUGCCAGCUUCGUCAGGUUUUUAAAUAAUUUAUUUCAGCACUUGUGCAAAACAACACGGCUACUGUCAGACGUAGUCGACGCUAACAACAUCAGAACAUGAAAUAAUGUAAAAGACUCCCCACACUAACGCAUCUCUCUUACUCCUGUUGUCAGUUACACGGUGCGUUCAGGAACAGCAUGCAAAACACAACCGCCACAUUACAACCCGAUUUGUUACAUUAUUAUCAUUCCGAUUUGUAUUUAUAAUUUAUUUGUUUUGUCAUAGACUUCAUAAUGCAUUGACGGGGCGCGGGGCCAAAUCAUAAGGGGCCUAUCUCCGUCAAAGCUGACAGAGUGGAUACACAGAUAAAGGGCUUUUUCUGUUAAAAAUUCUUGUGAAUAAAUGGUUAAAUCCCUGAAUUCUUUAUAGAUAUGGAUGUAAAACAGUCUCGAUUCUGGGUUAAAAGCAAAAAAAAAAAACGGGCAAUUAGCAUUUAUUUUGUGUAAAUAUGUCGAAUGUGCUACUAGUCUUUAAGUCACUGUGGCGGCCCCCCUAGAAAAACGUAACGCUUUUUGCAUUGAAAAUUCUUGUGAAUAAAUGCUUAAAUCCAUGAAUUCUUUUUAGAUAUUGACAUAAAACAUCUCGAUUCUUGGUUAAAUGCCAAAAAAAAAACGGGCAGUUAGUUAUUUUACGUAAAUAUUGCGAAGUAUAAUGCCAAUGCUGUAGCGGCUAAUUUUAACGUUAAUGUUUCAAAAUGCAUGCAUGGUACAAAAAUUUAUAAUACCGUAUUGGCCCGAAUAUAAGACGGCCCUGAUUAUAAGACGACCCCCUCUUUUUCAAGACUCAAGUUUGAAAAAAGACUUUUUGAACACCAAAUUAAUUUUUAUACAGAAAAUAAUUACAGUGCAUCUGAAACAAAUGAUUAUAACAAUAUAUUUGAGAGAAAAAACAUGUUACUUUGCCUCAUUCAAAUCUUAAUAUCUGAACUUUUCAAUAUGUAAACUAAAGUGGAAUCACACUCGUAAAUGAAUGGCUUCUGGUUUUUGAAAUGUAAAUAAACCUAUUGUGAUAAAAUAACAAAAUUGCAAUAACUGCAUUAACCAUCAAAGUGAAGUCUAACUGUAACUGUAGUCUUGAAACAAAUCUGAAUAAGGAAAAACAUUGCAAUGAAAUAAUGCAAACUGGUCAAACUAGUAGCUGAGAUUUUUCAUGACAGAACAUGGCUUCAAUGAUAUCUGGCGCCAUCUAGUUUCAUGAAUGGGGAGAGUAGCUGAGAUUUGUAAUAACAGAACAUCGCUUCAAUGAUAUCUGGCGUCAUCUAGCGUUGUGAAUGGGUAUAAUGUCUAGACCGAGUAAAAAGACGAACCCCUCUUUUCCAAUCUUAUUUCAAUGCAAAAAACACCGUCUUAUAUUCGGGCCAAUACGGUAAUUACCUUGAACCCUUGAAAAAUCACAAAGACAAUCCUUCCUGUUUGUAUGCAGUACAGCUGACUGCUAAUAAAUGAAGCAGAGUGUGGGACGGCCCCAUUUGGGAAGGCGUGACGCAGUGAAUGGUGAAUGUGUCACAUCAAUACCUUAUGAAGUCUAUGGUUUUGCUGUGUGGAAUUGCUAUUUGUAUUUGUACCUGCAAUAUAUAUGAAAGAUUUAGCAUAGGUUUUUGGGCUGUGGAAUUAAUUAAUCGAAUUGUAAUGUAUUCUUAAAGGAAAAUCCCGCUUGACAUUUGACCAUUUCGACUUAUAAACAAGGUCCUGGAACGAAUUAAAUUCGUAUGCAGAGGUACGACUGUACUUGAGUACAUUUUUGGAUAACUACUUUUAAUUGAGUAAUGUAAUUUAGAAUUAACACUACUCUUAAUUGAGUAAAAUGUUUGGCUUCUCUACCCACCUCUGUUCAUAUCUGAUAUGAAACUACCUCCCCUAUGUGGUUUCAAUCCCUCUCACAAAAAUCAGAUUUCCGUGGUUUGUGACUUCAGACCACAGAAGAGCCAUCCAGUUUCAUUCUGGACAGGCUAAAAAUCUGAUUUUGGCUGCCAGUCUGAACAAGGCCUUUUUAUGACACAUGAUCAUACAUCAUCUCCGCAGCUGUUUGCUUUUUUUUUUAGCAUCACUCAUCAGUUUUUAUUUCCGACAAUUUUAGGAACGCCUUACACGUGAAGCUUUUUGCAGUUACUACACUUUUUUUGUUGUUGUUGUUGUUUUUUUACAUAAAUUAUAUUAUUUCAUAUCAUGGACUUUUAUGAAGUUCCUUCAGUUUGAUUUCUGCAAGACAUGAUAUGAAGACACAUCUACCAAAUGUGUUAUUAGUGUUACUUUUUUCUGCAUGACUUAUCUUUUUUUUGUUUUUUUUUUGCACACACUCAAAUGGUACUACCUUUGUAUGCCGUACAAAGUCACUCCUUGAAUACACAUAUAAAUAGAGACAUACGUAUGUGUAGAUAUAUAAUAUGAUGCUAUAUUAUAUACGUACCUAGAGGACUUAGUCAGUGCUUACUCGGCAUUGAUGGUGGCUGAAAUAGUUUUCUGGGGAAAAAAGUGCUGUUGAUUGAUGUUGUUUUUGUGUGUGUGAAGCAUCAAUCAAGUAGCACAUCAACGAUUUGCUGGACUCAUAUUUAUGAGUAUUGUAUGAAUUUGUAUAUCAAGUCCAUAUUCCAACGGAUGCCUUUCAUGCACGCGGAUGACAUCUGGUAGUGAACUAUGGACAUUUACUAGAUGUUUUUGUGAAUAUUCCAAUUUGGAAUUGCUUUGGAAUCAAUGGCUGUCACUACAAAAACAAAGGAAUUUCCCUUUUUUUUUUGGUCUUCGUCCUUCCCAAUUGAUGAUGUCUUUGAAUCAGCUCACCACUAAUUAAGCCACUGUCCUGUCGCCAUUGCUUUGUUCAUAUGAGCAUGUGUGUGUGUGCGUGUGUAAGCACAGUACCUCCCGAGCUUUACAGAUCAUUAGUGCGUGUGCGAGUCUGAGCGCUAUAAAAACCUGCCCUGACACUCAUAAUACUACAGUGAAAACUCGACAGUUAGGUUGUUGGAACAGUGUCAUCUAAUUGUCAUUAUUUUUGUUUUUUAUUUUUUAUUUUCCUGUGGGGUGAUUUUGUUUCGUCCGCGAUUAAAGCUUUACCAUGCAGAAGAAUGAAUAUAUGAUCACAGUACAUUUCGGAAAUAAAUUAUUUUUCAAUGUUCAUUCGGUGUGAAUUAAAUAUUUAAAUUCUAAUAUAACGACGAAUUUUCAAGUAAUACUAAAAUCAGGUAGGUAGGUAAAAACUAUCUUGAAUUUAAAAAAAAAUUCUUACUAAAAAAAGGACCCUGCAAAAAUCAUUAUCUAAUCAAUCUGUCUAAUCUCUAAAUUGUUUAAAAAAAAAUUUUUUUUAAAGUAUAUUACUGACGACAGAUGUGAUUGCAGUAGGGUCAAUGAUUUUUUUUUUUUAAUGGAUUUAUUGUUUGGCCUGUGGAACUUGUGUGUCCUGCUUAACCCUUUAAUGCCAGCAAUAUGAAGCAAUUAUCAGAGAAUCCCAAAGUUUGAAAAAUAAGGUCCUAAUGAAACCUUUUUUCCAAAUUUGUGAAAAGAAAUGUCAAAAUGAAUAUGUGUAAUAAGCGCUCAGAUAUCUAUAACCCUUGCUAAAUCAUGUUUGUUUUUUUCAUGGAACCUGCAGAUGCAUGUGUUGACUUGCAUCCAUCAUUUUUUUUUCCAAAAAGAAAUGUCAAAAUUCUGAAUGAGUCUCAAAAUCAUGAAAUUUUAGGUGUGUCAAAUGUGAUACGUUUGGCAAUAUAGGGUUUUAAUGUAAGAAGACUGAAUGAAUGAUUUAGAUGAUUUCCACUGUGCACACUUUAUCAGAUUAUGCACCUUCUAAUAAUAAUAAUAAAUAAAUAUAAAGAGGGUGAACUUACCCGAGCGUCAGAUGACAUUCAAAGUUAAUUGGAUGACAGUCAAGGGGAGUUGUGGCUAACCUCGUAAACGCAGAGGUUGGAGGAGAAGAUUAUGAAAUUGGAAUGAACUCAUCCAGAUGACUAAUCCUCUUUUUAACACAUGGGGGAAUUUCCAUUUGACGUAAUGUUGUCCUGUUAAUUGUAGACAUCAAGAAAAAGAAAACAAGUGACUAAAUACACACAGAUUUUGUUUUUUUUCUACAUGGGAUCUGUCAUUUUAGGUCAAUAACAACAGGUUUCACUUUAAAGUAAGGUUGGGAAAAGAUUAAAUCCUUAUCCCAUUAUUAUAAAACACUCAAAGACUCACUAUGCCAACUGUGCCACGACCUGCAGUUGCUAAAAUACAAGAUUAUGAACAUCUUAAGUUAAAACAUGAGCAUUCACAGCCUGACGC